AUGAUCACGCCUUGGUGGGAUUGGUAUGAACUAGAAUUUAGAAAAAGACUCUAUGUGGUCGCUGGAGUCUCUUAUCACCUUAGAUAUUACGUCUGGUGGAUUCAUCAAUUGGCAGCAAUUAGGCCUGGUGAAUAUUAUGAAUAUGCAUAUCCACACUGGGGUACGUUCUUAGAGUACUCGUACUAUGAAGAUGAUGAUAGAGACCUUGAGUGGGUGAAUAUUCCAACAAAGCAGAUACGAGAUAGCUUGUAUCCAUUAGGUUAA